AUGGCUGCUACCGUCGCUACCUCCUCCAAGGUGGUCGUCGCGCCCCGCGCGGCCCUUUCCCAGGGCAGCAGCGCCGGCUCCAGCUCUGUCAGGGCGUCCGCUGGCAUCAGGUCCUUCAACGGCCUGGUCGCUGGUAACAAGGACAACCAGAAGUUCGCCAACAUUUUCGCCGUUGAGCACGACAUCCAGUCCGCCGUCGCCUCGCACGUCGCCAAGGCGGGCAAGGGCACCCGCGGUGUGGUAACCAUGGCGAAGAAGAGCGUGGGUUCGCUGACGGAGGCGGACCUGAAGGGCAAGCGCGUGUUCGUGCGCGCGGACCUGAACGUGCCGCUCGAUGCGGACUUCAACAUCACCGACGACACGCGUAUCCGCGCCGCCGUGCCCACCGUCAAGUACCUCAUGGAGAAGGGCGCUAAGGUCCUCCUCACCAGCCACUUGGGUCGCCCGAAGGGUGUGACCGAGAAGUUCCGCCUGAACCCUCUGGUGAACCGCCUGUCGGAGCUGCUGGGCAUCACGGUCGUCAAGACCAACGACUGCAUCGGCGAGGAGGUCGAGAAGGCUGUCGCCGCCCUCCCCAACGGCGGCGUCGUUCUCCUCGAGAACGUGCGCUUCUACCCCGAGGAGGAGAAGAACGUCAAGGAGUUCGCCGAGAAGCUCGCGGCCAACGCCGACCUGUACGUCAACGACGCGUUCGGCACGGCGCACAGGGCGCACGCGUCCACCGCGGGCGUGACUGAGUUCCUCAAGCCCUCCGUCGCCGGCUUCCUCCUCCAGAAGGAGCUCGACUACCUCGAUGGCGCCGUCACCAGCCCCACCCGUCCUUUCGCCGCCAUUGUCGGCGGAUCCAAGGUGUCGUCUAAGAUCGGCGUGAUCGAGUCGCUGCUCGCCAAGUGCGACAUUCUGCUGCUGGGCGGUGGCAUGAUCUUCACCUUCUACCGCGCGCUCGGGUACAAGACCGGCGCCUCGCUGGUGGAGGAGGACAAGGUGGAGCUCGCGACGAGCCUCAUCAAGAAGGCCGAGGAGUUGGGCGUGAAGCUGCUGCUGCCCACUGACGUCGUCAUCGCCGACAAGUUCGCCCCUGACGCCAACUCCAAGAUUGUGUCGGCCAAGGACAUCCCCGACGGCUGGAUGGGUCUCGAUAUCGGCCCUGACUCCGUCAAGACGUUCAACGAGGCGCUCGACACCUCCAAGACCGUCAUCUGGAACGGCCCCAUGGGCGUGUUCGAGUUCGACAAGUUCGCCGUCGGUACCGAGUCCGUCGCGAACAAGCUCGCGGAUUUGAGCGGCAAGGGCGUGAUCACCAUCAUUGGUGGCGGUGAUUCCGUGGCGGCUGUUGAGAAGGUGGGAGUGGCUGAGAAGAUGAGCCAUAUCUCCACCGGUGGCGGUGCCUCCCUGGAGCUUCUCGAGGGCAAGGUGUUGCCAGGUGUCGCUGCUCUCAACGAGGCCUAA